AUGCUCGCGCCUCUCCGUCUGAAACGCUUCAACAAGUCGUGAGAGGUCAGAGCUCUGCGUCUUUCUCUGGAACCUGCGACUCUUCAGUUAUUACUUUAAUUUAUUUAAUUUAUUUAUUUCUACAGUGGGUUUUCUAACAUUUUAAACCUCACCUCGAGGACUUUAGUUUUAGUCUAGAAUCUUCCACCAUGUAACACGACUUGAGUUCGGUUUUAUUCGGUUUUCUGGAAAUAUAUCAAGUUUAAUCUUUUCGUGAACGACUUUUCCGACUUGCGAAAAUGCUGACCAUGAGAAAUCCAGUGGACUUUGGACUUUUUGGUGUGAACCAGAGCCGGGUUCAAUGGCUGGAGCUGUGCUGAACACCAGGUCGUGAAGGGACAGUAUCCACACACAACAGAAGUAUGAGCAAGACAGCUCACUCAGAUAGAGCCUCAACUCAGGGCAGGAUGUCUCUGGCAUACCCUUCAAAUGCAAACGGAGCUUCUGUUGAUCAUCACACCGAGGCUCCAGUGAGGCUCAGCUGCAGCUCCUUUGAAGCGGAGAAGAGGGUGAAUCCAGGUGCCCCAGUGAGGCCAGUCCACCCUGAGGCCUGCUGUGAAAAACGUGGAGUCAAUGGAAUGAACGCUCAUCAAUGGUCCACCCCGGUUAUUGUUGAUGCACAAGAUAUAUCAUGUUCCUCCAAAAACAUGCGCAUCUUUUCCUUCCAGCGAAAGUGUGGUGCGACAGGCCCUGAGAAGACACCGCUUCGAGUUCCGGCCAGUGCUUCACAGGCGUUCCAUUUCAUGGGUUCUUUCAAAAAGCUGCGCUCCUCCGUUCUCCAGGGCAUCCAGAACAGAGGAGGUGUGACAGGAGACAAUCAGGAUAAAGACUUGUCCAUAAGUAAUGAGGAGAACAGUGGUUUCUUUGUAACCAAAAGAAAUUUUGGAAGUGGUCAAACCAAUGGGAAGGAGAUGCCAAUGGUUAGCAAUGGGGUAUCAGCUGUAUCAAAAACAUGUGUUUUAGAUGAGGAGGAUGAUGACGAGGAAGAUGGUUAUGGGUUACAGAGGAACUCACACUUCUCACAGAGUAUACGUAGAGCAUAUGGAGCAGGACGCAUCUCCCUGUUGGACAAUGCACGAAAGCAGUCAGAAAGUCCUACCGCUCAAGAACCUGCUUCUCGCCCUCGACCCUGCAGCACCGUGGAAACCACUGGGCCCAAUGUCAUUUUUGAUACUGAUAUGAAGGCCUUGAGUAGACUAAGCAAAAGUGCUGACAACUUGCACAUAUUUAAGAGCCCUUUCAAACGUAAAGUACCCUCGACUCAGACCCAGAACCAGGAAGAUCCCAACACCCCAAAUUUCCCCAGAACAUCUAGUGCUUCGUCUGUAGUUGUGGAGGAUUGUGUAUCAAGUCGAUGUAGAGGAGCUACAGGAGUGAGGGGAAAGAUGCUCAAACUCGUCGGCAGUUUAACAGAUCUGUCUCCCAACCGCAAGCCCAACAGCGACCCCACCACCACAGCCCACUUAUCGGCUCUCAGCCAGCUCCAUGACAACUAUUCCCGCAGGACUCCCUGUGUUCCUGCUAGCGAGCGCCAACGCAGGCCUCCGCCACCCAAUACCUGCUCGUCUGACAGGCAGAAAGUUCAGGCUGAUGUUCAUAGCCACACCCCAAUUGUACAUGCCGACUCCUCAGUACCCAUUACCGUUAAUGCCUUGGAUCAUCAGGUUCCUCAGUGUUCCCCCUCCACAGGUCAGGACCCCAGUUCUUGUGCCCAACUUCCAGUGAGCUCACCAACUUUGUGUUCAGAUAUUCCCCUCACACCUGUCACAGGAAAUUGUGGGACUGUGGAACAAGAGCAAAGUGUGAAAACUGACUUUAUUCAGGAUGAGCAGUGCACCAGUCCAGGGCAGGAGCAGAGACUGGACAGCGUUAAAGUUAACCUAGAGUGCAUCUGGAAGACUCUGGAGAGAGAGAGUAAAAGUCUAGAGACGCCAUCCGGAGCCCCGUCUUACACAGACCUCGUGAAGGAAAAUGACGAAAGAUACAGCGACUCGGUGUUCGUUAGUCCUCCCGCCACACCCACAUGUGCCUCAGCAUCACCCCUGGUAACGACACCGACCUCGCCGGCCUCCUCCUGCGACACGCUCGUCUCUUCCGUGCCCAGGAGGAGAGCGAACAGAAACCGACCUCGACCGAUCUCAGACUACGGGCAGCUCAUCUGCAGAAAAUAUGCCGCCCCCAAGGAGGAAGUGGAACUCCAGGGCGAUGCUCAGGAGGAACGUAACGCUGACAACACACACGAUGAGCCACACAGUCAAGAGAACAGCUGUGGGAAUGGACACAUGGACAGCAGGAGGAGGAGACCCAUCUCUGUGAUUGGAGGAGUGGAUCUGUUUGCAUCUCCGGAUGAGAAGGAAGACGCUGAUUUGCCUUCUCCUGUGACUCGGCCCCCUGUUCCCUCUCAUGGUGUGCCUCCGUACCGCGCCGUGUCCGCCCGCCUGCGCCCCUGCGUCUUCUCCCAGAGCACACCAACGGGCCUGGACCGAGUGGGCUGCCGCAAACAGCACCGAGUCCUCAGCGAUGGGAACUCAGGGCCGGAUGACAGCGUGAGUGAGGAGGACGGCAGUUUUGAUGAGCUCACAGAUGGAACACCGUAUCUGCAGCCCGAGGUCGAUCUGUCAACUUUAAACCAGUACAUCUCGUCAGGACAUGUCGUUUACGCCGAGGCCCUGUGGGACCACGUGACCAUGGGCGAGCAGGAGCUGGCCUUCAAAGCCGGGGACGUCAUCCGGGUACUGGAUGCCCAGGAGAAAGACUGGUGGUGGGGGCUGGCGGGCGAGCGUCAGGCCUGGUUCCCCUCCAGCUUUGUGAGGGUGCGUGUGAAUCAGGAGGACUCGCCCAGCGACGGUGUGGAGAUCUCCCCAGAACAACAGGAGGACCUUUCUAAAGAACCACGCAGCCAGACGUCCGAGCACCGAGAGCAGAUGAGGGCCAAUGUGGUCCAGGAGAUCAUGAACACCGAGCGCGUCUAUAUCAAACACCUCCGAGAUAUCUGUGAGGGUUAUAUCCGCCAGUGCAGGAAACACCCGGGUAUGUUCACAGACGCUCAGCUCAAGACUAUCUUCAGCAACAUCGAAGAUAUCUACAAGUUCCAGCGGAAGUUCCUGAAGGAUCUGGAAAAGAAUUAUGAUAAAGAAAACCCUCACCUGAGUGAGAUUGGGUCCUGCUUCCUUCAACAGGGUGAAGGUUUCUCCAUAUACUCGGAGUACUGUAACACACACCCGGCGGCGUGCGCUGAGCUGCAGAGACUGAUGAAGCAGGGACGCUAUAAACACUUCUUCGAGGCUUGUCGUCUCCUGCAGCAGAUGAUUGACAUCUCCAUCGCCGGCUUCCUGCUUACUCCUGUGCAGAAGAUCUGCAAAUACCCGCUUCAGCUGGGCGAGCUGCUCAAAUACACACCGAAAGACCACAGUGACUACGCAAGUGUGUGUAAAGCCCACGAGGCGAUGAAGAACGUGGCCAGUCUGAUCAACGAGAGGAAGAGGAGGCUGGAGAGCUUCGACACCAUCGCACACUGGCAGGAGGCCAUCAUGCACUGGGAGGGUGAAGAUGUGUUAUCACGGAGCUCUGAGCUGGUCCAUUCGGGUGAGCUGACACGAGUGGUCCGUGCCGGGAAGACACAGCAACGCAGCUGCUUCCUGUUCGACCAUCAGCUGGUCUUCUGUAAAAAGGACGUCCUGUGGCGGGACCUGCUGCACUACCGCGGACGCCUUAACACAGACGGCUUAGUGACUCUGGAUCUCCCCGACGGCCGUCACCCGGAUUUGGGCACUCUGCGAAACGCCGUCGCCUUGCGCAACCACGACACGCUGGAGGUGCUGUGUGUGCUGAGCUGCAGGAAAGCCCAGGACAAGCAGCUGUGGCUUGAGGCUUUCAGUCGAGAACGCAGACGUGUGAAAGAGGACCAGGAAAUGGGUAUGGAGAUUAGCGAAACCCAAAGAAAGCAAGCGAUUCAGAAUGCCAGAAAAUCAAAGCAAGGCAAAAUUAAAAAUAUCAAAUACGCAGGUCACCCAGUGUCUCAUCACCACCAACCCUUACACCCAAUCCACCAGCGCCACAUCACUGUACCCACCAGUAUCCCCCAGCAGCAGGUCUUCUCUUUAGCAGAACCCAAGAGGAAACCCGCACAUCUGUGGUACACCUUCACACGCAGCGCUCUGUUCCGGAAAUGACCAGGAAAAAAACACUUCUUUAAAUGGCGAUAUGAAGACGUUCAGCCCCGGUGCAAAUGUGAAGGACAAAAGCAAACAACAAAUGAAUGAAGUCUGUGUGUGUGUGUGUGUCUUUGGUACCAAAAGUGUUCUGUAUGUUUGUGUGUUGAUGGUGUGGUAACGGUGCUGCUUGUAUCCGAUUUUUGUAUCGUUCUGUUCACCACAUCAACGUAUGUUGAGGCGAUAACGAUGUGUAUUUGAGCUUGUUGUAUAAUUUUAUAAAGGUAAGGCUGGAACCUUUUUAAAAAGUUAGUCCUAACUUUAGAAGAGUCAGACACUGCACUAAUAACCUCAUGUUUCUGUAAAUAAACACUUAGAAAA